CUCAGAGAAUCAAAACGUUGGACUCAGCCCCGUGAAACAUCAGCAGCAUCACCAUGGUAACAGCUCCUGUCCUCCAGAGGGCGGUAUAACGGCCGAGAUUUCACCGAGAAGAAGAAACGAUCCUGGACAGGAAGCGACCGAAGGAGCCGCGGAACCCGGAUCCGUUUUGAACUCGUCCGCGGUGACACGCGAGACUUUCCCCUCUGAGAAGUGAAGUGAUCGAAGGAAACAGAUUCACAGUUUCCCGCUAUGUGAGUCCGGAUCGAACCGGGCGCGGCAGCUCGGACUCUGCAGCUGUUUAUCGUUUCCGGUUAGUGCACGAGAUAAAAAAGACCCAGAUCCAAAAAGAUCAAACCGUGUCCAUCUGUCCAUCUGUCCUGAGUUCGGUUUCAAACAUCAAAACAACAGAACCAGUGAAAAUCAGCGAGUGUUUUCCUGUUUAUCUGCGAGGAGCUGAAAUACGAAGCAACGGGAAUUAAACAGGAAGUGAAGGACAUGUCGGUGCAGGUGUGGUGCCUGUCGUUCCGGCAGCCGUACGCCGGUCUGGUUCUGGAUGGGGUGAAGACGGUGGAGAGCCGCUGGAGGCCCCUGCUGGCCCCGCUGGAGAACCAGACCCUGGCGGUCCACAUUGCCCGGCGGGACUGGGAGGGGGACGAGUGGCGGGCGGUGCUGAGCGGCCCGCUGGAGAUGAACGAGGCUCAGAUCCAGGAGCUCCUGGAGUCUGGGGACAGGUUUGGCCGCGGCGUGGUGGCAGGAUUGGUGGAUGUAGGUGAGACAUGGCUCUGCCCCGCCUCCCUGCAGGAGGAGGAGCUACAGCACCUGGAGCGGUCGGCCAUUCUGAUUGGCCUGCAGGAGAAACACCUGACUCGCCUGUCCAAACCUCGCUGGCUGAAAGAGCCGCUGAGCGCCCAAGGAGGUCGUGACCUCUGGACUGUGGAGAUCCCUGCUGAGCUGUUACCAUGACGACACGUGAUGCACACAGAUAGCGACUGUCAUGAAUUUUACAGACAAUCAGCGGACGGAUCCUGCUGGUUUCAGUGUAGCGCCACCAGCAGGUCAAACUCCACACUCGUCCCAAGCUUCAGUUCCUCAUGAGAAACUUCUGAAACAUGUGACUGAACCGUUUUCCUCAACCCAAUUAUAUUCAGUGAUGAAUGCUAACAUAGCAUGCUAACAUGCUAACACUUUCUCUGGGAAUGUUGAACAUAAUAAACUGAUGUUCUCAGA